CAACAAAUUUGAUGCGUACGUAAAACAUGCAUAAAUUCCUAACUGACCAAUUAUAUUUAAAGACCCUUUAGUUAAUCGCAUGACACCUAGCAAAUCCAUUGACACAUUUUUUCCGUAGGGUCAAUUUUUGUUCGGCAAAAGGCAUAAUUUUGACGUCAUCAAUUUGCCCAAACACGUGCAACUUAUGAAUAGUCAAAGCAGAACGGUCACCAAGAUGAACAGAUUAAAACAAGAGGAUAGUGGUGAGGAUGAUCAAACAGAACAGAAAAAUGAACAAGAAGAAACAGAUUCUCCAUUCAAAGUUCGACCUUCACCAAGACCAGGGCCUGGAGAACAUCCAUUACAGUUCAACUACGCAAUAUGGUUUUCACGGAAAUCUCAAGGAAAAUCUUCUGCAAGUUAUGAUCAAAAUUUAAAAUUAGUGGGAACAUUUGCAUCGGUAGAACAGUUUUGGGGUAUUUACAGUCAUCUUGUCAGACCCAGUGAUCUCACAGGUCAUUGUGAUUAUCAUCUUUUUAAAGAAGGAAUAAGGCCAAUGUGGGAGGAUAGUGCAAAUAAUAAAGGUGGAAAAUGGAUUGUUCGAUUAAAGAAAGGAUUAGGAUCCCGAUGUUGGGAGAAUUUAAUUCUUGCCAUGUUAGGAGAACAAUUUAUGGUUGGAGAAGAAAUAUGUGGUGCAGUGAUCUCAAUUAGAUAUCAGGAAGAUAUAUUAGCAUUAUGGAAUAGGACUGCCUGUGACCAAGUAACUACAUCAAGAAUCAGAGACACAUUAAAAAGAAUACUUAAUUUACCUCCUAACACAAUCAUGGAAUAUAAAACACAUAAUGAUAGCAUAAAAGACAACUCAAGUUUUAGAAAUACAGAUAUCUUCAUGAGGUGACAGUGAAUCUUUUAACGGCAAUAAACAGACAGAUUUUAGACAUUUUAACAGAAUAGUGACAAAUGUUUUACAAAUGGCACAUAGGAAGUUUUGCGAUACAAAUUUUAUGCUGUUAAUGUUAAAGAAAGGAAUUUGGACAAUAUUAAAUGAUGUAAAUGUUGAGAAAUACUCAUGCCAUAUGCAGUAUCUGUUAAUUACGACAAAUAGUAUACAGUAAGGUUAGCAGAAGUGUUCAUUUAUAUUGUAAAAGAACCUUGAGGAAAUACUCCAGAUCUGUUGUAAUUAUCUGUAAACUAUUAACACUAUGAAUGAAAACAAAUGGUAUUCUGUGUAAAUAUGUGAAACUAUUUGCUAUAUGGAUUGAAAAUAUCAGUGACUUAUUUUAGUGGGAGCUUAAAAUAAACGCAUCUUUUCAUGAAGAUAUACGAUUGUAGGUCUCUUACUAAGAAACAAAUUUACUUAUAUAAGUGAAUAUGGACACCAGUGUUACUCAAAUAAUUGUCUCAAGAUAACUAAAGACUUGAUGAAAAGAUCCUUGCAAAUUGUUUAUAAAAUGUUUUGUUCAAUAAAAGGUCCCUUCUGUUUUCUGUUCGUGAGGGUUUUUAGAUUUAUUAUUCAAGAUUUAUGGUAGUUUUAAAAUCAAUUAUCUAAAAAAAAUUCAAGCCCCAAGAAAUUAAUAAAUGGUUGGUUCACUAUAAGGCAGGAUCCAUUUCAAUUCUAAGGGUACUUGGAUUUGUGAUUCCAUAGGAAGCAGACUUAUAUCCUCCAAAAUAUUGCUUUGCAUGAAAACUCUUGUUUGUUUUAUCGGUUUUUGGAUGUAUAAUUUUACAUAACUAGCUUUCUAAAUUUUGUGGAUUUUCUAUAUUUUCUUUCAGGAGUAUUGAAUUUUAUUUGUUUAAUUAUAUAAUUUAUUUCUUGUGCCAUCUUUAGCAGAAAUCAAGGUUUUUUUAAAUGUUGUUUCAUAAAAUUUUGUAACGAUCUUAAAUCUUGUACAAAUGUCCUCCCAUUUCAGUAUUCUGAAAUUUGUUGUUCUAGCGGUAUGCCUCUUUAAAAGUGGCACAUUGUGAUUUCUUGACAGCUGUUUGAGUAGCAAUAUUCAAACCUUGAAAAUAUGUAAUAUUAAUAACAAUCAACAUGACUUCUUUUAUGAAUUAUCAUAAAAAUGUGAUAUUUUACUGUCUAUUUUAAAUAAAAGGAUAACACUUUU